AUGAUGUCGACCCUUUAUGUCAUGAAGGUCAAUUGCAACGGCGUUUUGCGUCGCAUCUCGUCCCGCUGCUCCCCUCCAUCCUUCCGCCACGUCAGCCUGCGAAUUCGCGCACUCCUCGAUAUUCCCGCCAGCAAGCCGAUCUCGCUGACGUACACGGACACGGACGGUGACGUCAUCACGCUCUCCACGGACGAUGAUUUGCACGAUGCAUUCGUUUUUCAGGAGCUGAAUCCGUUACGAGUUGACGUGGUUGUUGACGGAACCGCUGACGGAAACGCUGAUGCUGAGGCUGACGGUGACGCGAACGCUGGCGGAGCUUUGACAAUUGCCAAAGUGACGGAUUUGGUUAAGUCGGACGUUAAGUGUCUUCUUCCAGCCGCCAGCACGUCGGUUGCUGUCAGCACUAACAAACUGCUCCCCCCUCCCUCGUGUUCAGUGAUGGAAAUUAAUGAUCCAUCUUCCAUCUUGGUAGCGACAAGUGACAGUAGUGCUGUUAUGGGAGAAGCAGUUCCUGCUGAUGCUACGGUCCCUGCUGCUUUAGGAAAGGCAGCUAGUACUGAUAGAACCGUGGCUGCUGCUUCUGGGGAAGCAGUCACUGACGAUACUACUACGGUCACUGCUGCUUCAGGGAAAGAAACAACCGAGACUACUGUUGAUGAUACUUUGACUGAUGGUUCCGGAUUGCCAGCAGCAGAUACAGCCGUCUCGUCCAAUACAACCGUUCCAUCUGCUGCUACCGUUCCAUCUGCUGCUACUGUUCCAUCUGCUGCUACCGUUCCAUCUGCUGCUACCGUUCCAUCUGCUGCUACUGUUCCAUCUGCUGCUACCGUUCCAUCUGCUGCUACC